UCCUUUUGGUCAGCCACACCUGAGGAGAACUUAAAGCCCAGACUGGGGCUGCCACAACCCCACACGCUCUUCACUGCACAGCCAUGAAGUCCAGCAGCAGCGGCUGCCCCCUCCUGCUCUCUCUGGUGGGGCUCCUCUUCUUGGGAGUGCAGCUGCCGGGCACAUCUGGACAGAACGUGACAGAAAAAGCCGGCACAUGCCCUGAGACAGAGACGGUGACGAACAGCAGGAACUGCACGGAAGAAUGCCAGUCUGACCUCAGCUGCGAGGAGAACCUGAAGUGCUGCCCGACGGGUUGUGGGAUGUCUUGCCAAACCCCCAACGAUAAACCAGGUUCCUGCCCAAAGACUUCUGGUGUGAUUUCUAUUCUGGGCUUUUGCAGCCACAAAUGUAUGACGGACUCUGACUGCAAGGACACUGCAAAGUGCUGUCAAAACGGAUGCGGCAAACGGAGCUGCUUAACCCCUGACUUCUGAGAUGCAGCCCAGGCUCUUCAGAGCAGUCACAGUCGAGGAAGCUGCUGCAGCUGCGGAAUUGGUCCCGGUUGGGACAGUGCCUCUCCUCUUCCUUCCCAGCACCUCCUGCUCUACCUGGCGGCUUCUCCACCUUCUGCUUCCUGCUGCACGGGACCCCAAUGGAGCCCUUGAGGCACUUUCCCAGUAAAAUUCUCUCUCUUCACAGCA